AUGACGGCAUUUGACUAUAUUUGCAAUAUAUCGAGUAACAAGAUGAAUUGGAAUUUGAAGGGCGAUCGCAUUCAUGCGACAGUUGGUCGGUCACUUAUACGUAUGUUCAAACCAAAGUUAAAAGAAUUGGGUUUGUACGUUAUGAAGAACUUUGUGGUUGGACCAAAUUAUAUGAAACUUAAAUACACGCGGCAUAAAUUGAAGUUGGCUUUUACUCAUAAGACGAUUGUAGAGGAAGCAAAUGAUCAUCUUUUUGGUAUGGCUAUCUCCGACUUAAAACCUUAUGAGUAUUUGAUAAACAAAAUUGAUGUUGAAGAAAGUGAACUCUUCGAUGUCAUUGGAGAGGUUGUAAGUUAUGGUGAGGUAGAAUCCCAUAACCAAGGUGAUAAAACCAGCAGUUAUAUGCAUGUGGAACUUGAAGAUCAUGAGAGGAAUAAUAUCUCGGCAACAUUUUGGGGAGAAUUUGUUGACCAAAUAUUGCCACAUUUACAGGGAUCACCCCAUCAGCCGGUCAUAAUUGUUAUGCAGUUGAUAAAAGCUCACAAAUUUCAAGGCAAAUAUUCUGUGUGUAAUACUUGGCAUGCCUCAAAGCUCUGGAUUAACCCGGAUCUUCCUCAAGCUACUGAUUUUAAGUCCAGAAUGGCAAGUGUGAAUGAAACUAACUCUGCCAGGAUCAGUCAAAUACCUUCUCAGCGUAGUUAUUCUAUUUCUGAUGAGUUGGCUACUGGAACUGUAGAAGUUAAAACUAUUAGCGAUUUGGUCGACUGCAUGGAGGAAGGACAUAUUUGGAUUGUUGCGACUGUAGUGAAUCUUCUACUUGAAAAAGAAUGGUCAUAUUUGGGGUGCAAGAGAUGCUCAAAGAAGGUUGACAAAAUUGAAAGUAAAUUUCACUGCAAGAAAUGUGAUCGGCUUGAUAGUUCUGCCACUCAUAGGUUCAAGCUUCGAGUGCAAGUAAUGAAUCACACUGGCUUUAUAUCUUUGUUGCUUUGGGAUCGUGAAGCAACAAGUCUCAUUGGGAAGUCUGCUAAUGAGUUAAAUGAAAUUUCAAUUGAGGUAUAUUUUAUUUAUUUUAAUUGUUACUAUAUUUUUUCAAUAAAAGUAAGAAAGGCUUCUGCUGUUGUUGAUGAGUGUUCUUAUCCAGUGGAGUUGUAUGAUAUUCUUGACAAAAAAGUCCUGUUUAAAAAUGAGGUAAAUAAGAAAUUGAUCACAUGCAAUAAAGGUGCUAUUGGAUCAUGUUCAGUAUUGUUUGCCAAGUCUCUUUCAAACAUGUUGAGAUUGGCAAUGUCAUCAUCUGGUCGUUAUGCGAUACUACACAGCAGGUUCACGUAUUCGAUGCUUCUGAUGUUUCUAAGUACAGGUGUAUUUUGGAUGGCAAGGUUAAAUGAAGGACUUUCACGCUUUGAUGCGAUACUUAUUGUCCCUAUGUUUCAAAUAGCUUGGACAUUUUUCUCCGUUUGUACUGGAUUUGUGUACUUUGAGGAGUACAAGGUGUUUGAUGCUUUGAGAACAACAAUGUUCAUUCUUGGAAUUAUUUGUGUGUUUAUUGGCAUUUAUUUGCUAGCACCUGAAGAUGAUGAAUCAUAUCCAAAAGGAGGUGAAGUACUGAAGGAUGAGAAGAGGCUGUUCAUGCCAUCUAAAGACUCCCAAAUUAAAUAUGUAGAGAUCAUUUGGACAAGUUAUGGUGAUAUAAAGUGCUAA